AUGGCUGCGGUGCACCAGGCCUCCUUGUGUGAGAACUGGCAGCUGCACACAGAAUGCGAGCCGGACUGGGCGUCGCUGACUUUGGGUGUGUUUGUUUGCCAGGCCUGCUCGCUCCUUCACCGGAGCAUCCCCCACAUCAGCCGGGUCAAGUCUGUCCAGGACACUUGGGAUGCCAGUGAGGUGGAGUUAAUCGCUGCCACGGGAAACAAUGCAGCGAAGGCCAAAUACGAGCAGAAGGUUCCUGCUUUCUACUACAGACCAACACACACCGACUGCAAGAUGCUGAGAGAGCAGUGGAUCAGAGCCAAGUACGAGAGGAACGAGUUUGAGUUCAUCGAAAAGCAGGAGCCUUACUCUGCAGGGUACAGAGAGGGGUUUCUAUGGAAACGAGGACGAGACAAUGGUCAGUUUCUCAGCCGAAAGUUCAUCCUGUCGGAGAGGGAGGGGGCGCUGAAGUACUUCAACAAGCAGGAUGCCCGGGAUCCUAAAGCAGUGAUGAAAAUCGAGACGCUCAACGCCACCUUCCAACCCGCCAAGAUUGGCAACCCAUGCGGCCUGCAGAUCACCUACCUGAAAGACAACAGCACAAGGAACAUCUUUGUCUACCACAGUGAUGCGAAGGAGAUGGUCGACUGGUUCAAUGCUAUCAGAGCGGCCAGGUUCCAUUACCUACAGGUGGCCUUCCCCGGAGCAAGUGAUGAGGAGCUGGUUCCCAAACUGACCCGACACUUCAUGAAGGAAGGAUUCAUGGAGAAAACAGGUCCAAAGCACACAGAGGGCUUCAAGAAGAGGUGGUUUACUAUGGAUGACAGGAGACUCAUGUACUUCAAAGACCCUCUGGACGCCUACGCCCGUGGCGAGGUGUUCAUCGGCAGUAAGGAGAACAGCUACACCGUCAUGUCCGGCCUGCCCUCCUCCACACAGGGCUACCGCUGGAACCACGGCAUCACCAUCGUCACGCCGGACAGGAAGUUCCUGUUUGCCUGUGAGACCGAGGCCGAGCAACGGGAUUGGAUAGCUGCUUUCCAGAGGGUCAUCAAUCGACCAAUGAGGCCGCAGGAAUAUGCAGUGGAGGCCCAUUUCAAACACAAGCCUUGAAGACUGCAGGAAGCCACAACUCAGCUGGAGCGGCCCAGUCUCAUUCAGAUCAGAGACUAUCCCAAUGUGUGACCAGAGACGAGGGGG